AUGACGGAGGUUGAUCCGUGCGAGGUGUACGUCCGGUACCUGCCGCGGACCUGCGACGAGGCCCGACUCCGCGCGCAGUUCGAGAAGUGCGGCCGCAUCGUCCGCGCGCGCGUCGCCAAGGAUCGCGACACCGGGGAGUGCAAAGGGUACGGCUUCAUGACGUUCAGCAACAAGACCGAGGCGAGGCGAUGCGUCAGGGAGUACAACGAGCACCCGAGGAACUACAUGGACGGUAAGCACGCGGUCAUCACGCACGCCACGGGGUCCAACCCGAACAAGAGGCCGGUGGCGAUGUGCAGCUUCGGCGUCGACUGCCGACGGAGCGAUUGCCACUUCAGGCACCCCGACGGAUGGGACCCGGACGCGGAACCCGGUGCGGACGCCGGGGCGGACAACGAGGGCGGGGACGGCGACGGCGAAGUGGGAGACGGCGACGGCGAAUCGGGAGGCGACCCCGCGGCGCGCGACGAGAAUCCCUCCAAGAAGCAGAAGAGGGACAAGAAGGACAAGAAGGACAAGAAGGACAAGAGGGAAACGAAGGAGACGAAGGAGACGAAGGAGACGAAGGAGAGGCUCGGGGUCGCCGGCGGAUCCGCUCCCGAGGCCGAGGACGCCGACCAACCCAAACCCGCGCUCACGUGGCUCCAGCGACAACGGAAGCUGCAGCAGGAGGAGCGCCGGGUGAACCGGGGGCACAAACACAAGCUCGGAGCGAAGGCGCGGAAACGAGCCAAGGCUCGCGAGGCCAAAGCAGCCGUCGCCGGGGGGGGGUAG